AUGCGAAAAUACGGAGAUGUCGUUCGAAUAGCUCCAAAUGAAUUGGUCUUUGUCACACCUCAAGCAGCGGCCGACAUCUACGGCUCACACACCAAGAACUUGGAGCACUUCCCCAAAACUCCCAUGUUCGACGUGAUGGGAGGAUUCAAUGGCAUCACUUGGGAGACCGUCCCGGAGCUCCAUCGCCAGCGGGUGAAACAAGUCACGCCUGCCUUCUCCACCAAUUCCAUCAGAGCAAAGGAGCCCACCAUGCACAGGUACAUCGACCUUUUCGUUCAGAGCAUGUACGAGCUUGGUGCGAGGGAAGAAGGGGUCGAGCUAAGAAGAUGGUCAGAAUGGACGGCAAUGGACAUUUCAGCUGAUUUGACAUCCAGCAAUGAGAUGCGUCAACUAGAACACCGCAAGAGCUCCAGGUUUCUCAACUCCAUCUGGGGUCUCAAUUUCUUCCUGACCACGAGCCAGGUGCUCAAGAAAUUCCCAGCCCUCGCCCCGUUUCAGAUCCUGCUGCUUCCGCCGAGGGGUCUACUCAACAUGAUCAGCGCAAAGAAGACAAACAUGCAGGAGCUGGAGCGCCGCAUCGCCCGCCGCGGCACGACCAAGCACCUGGACCACUUCGACCAGCUGCUCCCGGCCGACGCAGACGAGCCCGACGCGGAGCGCAAGUCGCAGUUCGCGACCAUCGUGGCGCAGAUCCUGCUCGCCGGCUGGGAGCCCGUCGGCAGCCAGUUCCAGUGCUGCAUCAUGUUCUCGGUCCAGGAGCCCGAGACCUACCGGCUCCUGGUGCAGGAGAUCCGGGGUGCCUUUGAGAGGUACGAGGAUAUAGUCCCGGAGGCGCUCGCGGAUCUCAAAUACCUGCACGCUGCUCUGAUGGAGACGCUGCGCAUGACUGUCAUCGGCAGCCACGGGAUGCCCCGCGUCAGCCCCGGGGCGAUGGUGGACGGGCGGCAUAUCCCCAAGGGCGUAGUGGUGCAGUACAACCACCUGCGCUUCACGCGGUCGGCCCGGUACUUCCACGAGCCGCGCGCCUAUCGGCCCCAGCGGUGGCUCCCCCGCGACCACCCCUGCUGGGACGAUGCGUUCAGGGACGACGCGACGGAGCACUUCUUCCCCUUCAGCCGCGGCCCGAGGCAGUGCCUCGGGACGCAGCUGGCGUGGCGGGAGACCCGGCUCUUCAUUGCGAAGGUGCUCUGGAGCUUCGAUGUCGAGAUGGCCGCGGGCCAGAGGCGGGCCGACUUUGAUCGUGACUUCACCAGGUACGCCAUGUGGGAGAAGCCGGAGUUCAGGGUCCGUUUUCACCCGGUCCGUCGGGACGAGUGA